CUGGAGAAACGAUGCAUUCCAUACUCCAAGUUCAGAAACACCUGUGGCCAGAAAUGUCGGUGUAGCCUGAGGGGGACCCAAUACUGCAGCCUGGGCGAAACGUGCAACACCCUUUUCGAAGUGAACGGACAGCCGUGUGAGCCAGGAACGUACUUUAUGAAGGACGACUGUAACUGGUGCUACUGUAUGAAUGGACUCGUUCAAUGUAACAAUUACAAGAGUACGACCACACCUGCGACAGAAUGCUUCUUCAACGGUGUGGUCUGGAGUUCCAGGAACGACUGUAACUGGUGUGGCUGUCAGAACGGUGUCUUCCAGUGCUCCCAGUUGACCUGUCAAGGUAACCAGACGGUCGACUGUAUUCCUGGUUCCUCGUUCUUUGACGAGUGCUUCCAGUACUGUACCUGUCCCGAGACAGGGCUUAGACAGUGUCAAACAGCCUCCUGUCUCACAGAUCUCUGGAUGCAUGCACAGCCUUGUGACAUAGGAACUUUCUUCACCCACGACAACAAGUGGUGCCGGUGCAGUGAUCAGGGAGUGGAGUGCUCCAAGCUGCAGCUCCUCACCAGUACUGAGAGGAUAGGAAAUUCCUCAGAGUUGAAGGUUAGCAGUAAUGAUUCAAGGCUGACGCGUUCCUUGGACAGUGACACUCAAGGCUUGGACAGUGACACUCAAGGCUUGGACAGUGACACCCGAGGCUUGGACAGUGACACUCAAGGCUUGGAGAGUGACACUCAAGGCUUGGACAGUGACACCCGAGGCUUGGACAGUGACACUCAAGGCUUGGAGAGUGACACUCAAGGCUUGGACAGUGACACGCAAGUCUUGGACAGUGACACCCGAGGCUUGGACAGUGACACCCGAGGCUUGGACAGUGACACUAAAGGCUUGGACAGUGACACUCAAGGCCUGGACAGUGACACCCGAGGCUUGGACAGUGACACUCAAGGCUUGGACAGUGACACUCAAGGCUUGGACAGUGACAGUCAAGGCUUGGACAGUGAUACUCAAGGCUUGGACAGUGACACUCAAGGCUUGGACAGUGACACUCAAGGCUUGGACAGUGACACUCAAGGCUUGGACAGUGACACUCAAGGCUUGGACAGUGACAUUCAAGGCUUGGACAGAGACACUCAAGGCUUGGACAGUGACACUCAAGGCUUGGACAGUGACACUCAAGGCUUGGACAGUGACACUCAAGCCUUGGACAGUGACACCCGAGGCUUGGACAGUGACACUCAAGGCUUGGACAGUGACACUCAAGGCUUGGACAGUGACACUCAAGGCUUGGACAGUGACACUCAAGCCUUGGACAGUGACACCCGAGGCUUGGACAGUGACACUCAAGGCUUGGACAGUGACACUCAAGGCUUGGACAGUGACACUCAAGCCUUGGACAGUGACACCCGAGGCUUGGACAGUGACACUCAAGGCUUGGACAGUGACACUCAAGCCUUGGACAGUGACACCCGAGGCUUGGACAGUGACACUCAAGGCUUGGACAGUGACACUCAAGGCUUGGACAGUGACAGAGAGUGUAAUGGGACGGCAUGGGAGGAGGCGAGACUGUAACCUGUGUGGCG